CUCAAAUACUUUCAUCAACCAAAUACAAAACUAAACCGUUUACUUUUUAUUUUGAUGCUGAUCGGCAGAUCUGAAAUUGAAAAUAAAUUUCGGGUCAAAUUAGCUCUGGUUCUUUUUGUCAUUUCUUUUUGCAGAUUUUUGUAAAAAUACAGAAAAAAAUUGUAACAAUGAGAGGACAAUUGAUUUUAUCAUUAGUGAUGCUAAUGACAUACAUUGUUCACGUCUCCUUUGCAGUGGUGAUGGAGGGAAAAUGUCCCCGAUUGGCUGCCGUGCACGUGACUGAAGAGAUGUUUUCAGGCCGCUGGUUUGAGUUGCUGAGAUCACGGGCUGAUGUCAAAUACAACGAAAUACCCACUACUUGCACAGUCGAAGAGUUUUCCUUCACCACUUACAAGAGCAGCAGUGAGAGGUGGACAUUGCACAUCAACAGUACUGGUUUUGACGGCCAGCAGUUUACGAGCAACGUAGUCGAGGCGCCUCAAAAAGUUGCCAGAAGAUCCAACGUCGGAUCUUUUUCCAUCGACCACAAAAUCCCGACGCGCACUAAAAAUUCGCCGCCAAAUUUCAUCGUCCUGUACCUUGACCGGGAAUUUUCCAUCGUCUAUUUUUGCGAAGAGUUUGCAAACCUUAAAAUCCAAGUUGCUUGGAUCCUAUCAAGGACUCGACACCCGCGGAUUUCGGAUGUUGAAAUCAUGGAACGAAAGCUGAAGUCUUUCAAGUUGGAUCUAGACAUGGUUCCAAUUGACCAAUACGACUGUCCAGAACAUCACUUCGAAGGAUCCGAGAGAGUUGAUGCUCCCGAGAACAAAAAGCACCGGUUUUUGUCCCUUCUGCAAAACGAGCCAGAGAGAAAAUUGAUGCAGGAAAAUAAUAUGAGGCAACUAAUGGCGGCUAAGUUGCAGUCAUGCGUGAUGAAAGCGGGGUCUCUAACUGAGAUGCACAAAUGCUAUGACAGAGUCGCUUUGUGGGGCAAGAGAGGUUGAAAUAAUUCGCCGAAAAGCUAGUUUAAGACUGAUGAAAAUGAUAUGAAUGGUUUUUUUGCUGAAUACUGAAAAAAUGGAAACUCAGGAGAACUUUUUCAAUUUUUUGAAGGAUCGUCAAAAAG